AUGACCGUUGGCUCCAACUCGCCCAAUUCGGCUUUUUGGGUUCCCAAGUUCAACAUCAUGGAGCGAAUUCAACUAAUGGGGUUCUGCCUGCAAGAAUUCUUCAUUUCGACCCUCUACAUUGUGGCUACUGUCCGCUUGUUAGGCAGCAUCUACCACAGUAUGACUCGAAAGGUAAUGAUGCAAUUGCUCCUGGUGAACGGAAUCUGUAUCGGAAUGGACGUUAUUCUCAUUGGACUGGAAUUUUCCGGCGAGUACGUUGGCGAAGCAUCCAUCAAACCAAUGAUAUACGCCAUCAAGCUGAAGCUCGAAUUCGCGGUGCUCAAUCAACUUAUGGGCCUCACGAAAGCUGGUUUCACGGAAGAAAACCAAUUCCGCGGCGGUAGUGCUCGCCAUGGCUAUAAUAACGGGGCUGCAUCCCAUGAGAUGAACGGUAGACACCACGGCUCUGUUGCAGAUCCAGAGACAGGUGCUGGUGGCACACAGCGCUCAAUGGGCAAGAACGGAACGUGGACGACCGCAAGAGCCAUCCGCGGCUCAUUUGCUGGCACUCACAACCAGCACGCAAAUAACCACCCAGAGCAUAUCUUCCAGACUAAGCAAGUCGAGAUAACUACAGCUCCGAAAUCACCCUCGAACGCGGACAUCUCCAACAGUUCGACCUCCUCGACGAUUGCGCCGGCGCCGACAGUAACAAGCAAUGCAUCGACUGCUAUUGGACAUCAGAGAAGUAUCACUGAAGGUCCCAAAGCCAACUCGCUGAUGGGAACAAAUAUCGUACACAUGCCGAACCAUGAUGCCGGUAGGGUGGGCAGAAGAAGCAGAACCGUCGACCCAGACGGCAGGGAAAGCAGUCCCGUCAGCGAAGGAGAAAAGGGGAUCCUGAGGCGAAGUCAGGACAGCGAAAAGGAGGGCACACGGUGGAUUGAUGGGAUGGAUCGGUGA